GCGAAUCCGGAAGUUUGGCAAAGUUUACGUUCAGAGGAGGGUUGUUUUGCUAGCUAGCUUUUGGAUGUAAAUAAUACCAAUAAUAAUAAUAAUUAUUAUUAUUAUAAUAACGGGAUAUAAAAAUGUCAGGGUUUUUUUAAGCUUGUAAUAUAUUUAUGCAUGAUUUCUUCAGUCAUGGAGACGUCCUUAAAAGGAAAGGCCAAGCGGAGACACCUGAGUGAAGCCGAGUGCAGCGGGUUGACCCAAAGCCUGACCGGAAGCCCUGCAAUCACACAGCCUUUCAGUGUCAACCUCCAUUAUAAAGACCCUAACAAAGGUCUUCAUCCCAGGAGCCCAACUAAAAGGAAACGUCCAGUGGCAGAUGGCCGACAACAGAGAGUCAUUACAGGAUUCUUUCCGUCUACCGGAGUCCUGAGCAGCAGCCCGCAAAAAGGCAACACGGUGAAGACGGAGACCGGACUGAACCAUCACGUCGUCCUGAAAGAGGAGGAAGAGGACCGGCACGAGGUGAUGGAGCUCAUGGAAGGCAUUACUGAAGAGAUGUUUGUGGAUGUUGAGGAGUUUGAGACAGACACGUGUUCAGUAAAGAAAGAGGAGAACGAACAAGAGGAGAUGGGGGCAGGAUGCAGCAGUUGGGCUUCUCCUCCAUCCCGCUGUAGCUUUCCUAAUGGACCCGUGAAAAAGAAGGAAGAAGACGACGAAGAGUAUGAUGUGCAAAGUCUCCCUGAUGCACAUUACGGGUUACUGGGACUGAAUCAGAUGCUGCUGGAGCCCCAGGGUCAUAUUCAGGACUUACCUGAAGAGGUACUGAGUGUUAUUUUCGCUCAGCUCCCAGCCGAUGAUCUUUACCGCCACGUCAGUCUGGUGUGUCGGCGCUGGAGAGACAUCGUCAUGGACAGCCAGUUUCUGCCAUGGAAGAAGUUGUACUACAGAUACCAGAAACAUGAGGAGAUGGCUGUGAGACAGCUGAACGUCCUCCUUGAAGACAACGCCAUUGUCCGAAAGGAUGAUCUCUGUGUGCUGAACCUGGUGAGGUACAUGGCACAGUUUAAGCACAGCAGACGGGUGAACAUGGAAGAUGUUUUGCAGUGUGUGAAAAGCCAUCGGCUCUAUGCCCAGGCAGAGGCCUGCAUCAAGCACAGGCUGCCUGACAUAGAGACCAUUGAUGGGGGACCAAACCCCUGGUCUGCCAUGGCUCUGAUGCUGAUUCUCGCAGAUGGAGUGAAGGAUGUCCUGGACCUGGUGGCUCGUUUACGAACCUCUGGCUGUUUACUGACUCCAGACAGGAUCUCAGAGUUCCUAUGGGCUGUGGCUACACUUCUCUUCGCCAUGAGGAACACUAACAUUAACAUCACUAACAGGUGGCACUACAAUAUUUUUUAUGUCUUGCAUCUAAUGGAGAAUGCACCUCCACCUCUGAGUCAUGAUGACGGCAGAGAAAAGCAGAUUUACAUCACUCACGAGCAGCAGCAGAUCCUCAAUCACGACAUUCAGAGACACCACAUUGUCAAAAUCAUGGCUUUUGCUGGUACUGGAAAGACGACGACUCUGGUGAAGUAUGCAGAACAAAGGCCUCACUUGCGCUUCCUCUACAUUUCCUUUAACAAGUCCGUGGCCAUGCAGGCCAAACGCAGUUUUCCUUCUAAUGUAGAAUGCAGGACCAUACACUCUAUGGCCUACAAAGCUAUUGGACACAGGUAUAAAAAUCUGAGUAAGCUGUGUAGUAAUCUGAAACCGUUCACAGUGGCCUGGGUGCUUCCUAAGGGGCAUGGUGGCUUUGUUAACGCCAAGGUCGUAACUGAAACCAUCAACAACUACUGCUCCUCCACGGAUGAGUGCAUCGGCCCACAGCACGUCCCAGAACGCUACAAGAAUACCAAUGGGCUUGAGGAGUGCCCAAGUGAAUCCAAAAAGAAGGAGUUUGCACAUGACGCACAAGACAUUUGGAUGAAAAUGACUGAGCUGAGACCCACCAAGGAAGCAGCGUACCACAUAACCCAUGAUGGUUACCUCAAACUGUGGCAGCUGCAGAAGCCUGAACUCAAAGACUAUGAUUUGAUUUUCAUCGACGAAGCUCAGGAUUGCACUCCAGUCAUCAUGGACAUCAUGCUUUCUCAAUCCUGUGGAAAGAUCCUGGUUGGAGAUCCCCAUCAGCAGAUAUACACUUUCAGAGGAGCCAUAAAUGCAUUACAUAUUGUUCGACACACACAUCUUUACUACCUAACACAGAGUUUUAGAUUUGGCUCCGAGAUCGCCUACGUUGGUGCGACCGUCCUAAAUGUCUGCAAAAAGGUGAAAAAGAUUUUGGUUGGUGGGCGUCAGGAUGGCAUUGUGAGAGGUGAGGACAGUGAGACUCUGGACAACAUAAGACAGGCUCGUACACAGGCUGGAGGAAAGGUGGCCAUUUUGUGUCGCUGUAACGUAACCGUGUUCAGUGAAGCAGUGCGGCUCACCGAUAUUAACCCUAACUGCAAGAUCCACAUAGUCGGCGGUGUUGAGAGUUUUGGUUUGAAGCAAAUCCUGGAUAUCUGGAUUCUGAUGCAGCCAGAGGACAAACGUAGGAAAGAAAGCUUGUGGAUUAAGGAUCCAUUUAUCAGGAGUUUCUGCAAAGAGAAGCUGGGUGGUUACGUAGGCCUGAAGAAGUAUGCCACACACACGGAAGAUCGUGAGCUGGAGGCCAAACUGUCAGUGGUGGAGAAAUAUAACAAGCGCAUUCCAGAGCUGGUGGAUCGGAUCUAUAACUGCGCUCAGAGCAAGCCGAACAGCGCAGAUUAUAUCCUAGGCACGGUGCAUAAAUCUAAGGGUCUGGAGUUUGACACGGUGGUGGUGAUGGAUGACUUUAUAAAAGUGCCCUGCUCCAGACACAACCUGCAGAGAAUGAACAUUAACCCAGGUGUCAGAAGAGCUGAUUCAGAUGAGUGGAACCUGCUGUACGUGGCCGUGACUCGAGCUAAGAGAGCGCUGUACAUCACCAAGAGCGUGAGCAACAUCCUCACACUGGCAGGGGAAUACUUUCUGAGAUUUGAGCUGACGAGUAUGCUUUUAAAUAAGGAUCAGCAUCGUCGAUGCAGCACCAGAGAGUGUCCCAACCUCAUCACUACGGGGUCACCGCUCAGCAUGCACAGACUCCCUAUCAGAUACAUGGACGCUGCAGAAGAAGGCGGUGUUCUCUGCGCUACAUGUGUGGAACAGCGUGUAGGUCCUGCAGCCUAUCUUCUUUCUCCACCUGAGACCAUCAAGUUUAUGCAUUACACAGAGGAGCGACCUGAUCUGCCUGUUAACAUCGCCAUGCUGCUGGCUCUGCUCUAACAGGACAAACACACCAUUUUUGUACUGUGGAUAUGUAAAUGGAGUGCUGGAGGUUUCCUGGAGCAGGACGCUGCCAGUGCAUUGUUUCCUGUCUCACAUUGUUGUAAUCUUCAUGUGCAAAGUUUCAGGAUUAUGCCACUGAAUAGAAUUUUGUUUCACACUCCUCCUUUAUCAUUUUUACUGUAUAGGAAGCUCUGAUGUGUGUCCUCCAGAGGAACAGAUAAAAUAGUUUUCUAAUAAUAAGGUGAGAUCUUUUCAAUUCGGACUUGCUCAUAUUGUUGAUGUGCCAAUGGACCUGAAUGUCAUAUUAAUUUUUUACAGCCUUUUGCACUAUACACUUUGUACAGUGUGUAUAUUCAUAUUAUCAGAGUUUUUUAUGUUUUUUAAUCUGUUCAGUGUAUAUAAAGAAUGGCACAUUGUACUUAAAAACACCCAUGUCUGUAAAAUAUCUUGUCAUGAAGAUGUGUGUUGAUUUACAUGAAGAACUUCUUUUGGAAACUAAGAAACUUUUAUAAUCAGGAAUGCAUUUCAAAUCUAAAAAAGAGUUUUUUAUUUGCCUGUUGCUUUUAUUUAAAGCAUCUUACAAGUGAGAAGUUGGAGGAGGUGUAAGGGUUCUCACCCCUUAUUGGCAGCUUGGAGGUGCAGGAAUUCAUAUAUGCAUCCUUCCAAUAAGUAACGUGUGAUGCCACUUUGAGAGCAACUGAUCCUAAUGCAGGUGUGUAAAGAUCAUGCCCUUUAUCUGUUGUGGAUUAAAGGACUAAAUAUUGUC